UUCGUCUUCGUCAAUCCCCAAAACUUUAUAAAUCCCCUCUCCAAAUCUCCAUUUCUCCGAACACAAAACUCCAUAAAUCCAAGGCCUCCGAUCGAACCAGAAGAAAUCAGAUACAGGAUUUGUUCAUUUCUCUUACUUUUCUCCUCCGAUGGCGACUGGUAAGAGCUAUUUCGUCUUCGAAAUCGACGAAUCCGACCUCUUCAACUCCGCACGCGGCGGCGGAGUUUCCAAAGCGCGAAUCUCCAAGCGGAUAUCGGCGAAGGUAGUGGACGCUGGAGACGGAAGCGUAACGACAGCGGCGGCGUUGCCGGUAAACAUUCCGGACUGGUCGAAGAUCCUGAGAAAUGAGUACAUCGAGAAUCGGAGAGAUAGAUUCGAGGAAGAGGCGAACUGCGGCGAUGAGUUGGAGAGCGAUCGAUUUAGGGUUCCGCCGCACGAGUUUGUGGCGAGGACGAGGAUGGCGUCGUUUUCCGUUGAGGAAGGGAUUGGAAGAACGUUGAAAGGGAGAGAUCUGAGUAGAGUUCGAGAUGCGAUUUGGCUAAAAACUGGAUUCGAAGAUUGAGUUGAAUUCAAAUGGAUCACAACACGAAGAACAUAAAAGUUUUGGGAAUAUUCCUUUUAGAGUAUACGAAUUCCACUAAAAGUUUUGAUGGUUUUCUCUGCUCCACUUCCAUCCCUCACCUUUUCCUCUGUUAUUUCACCGGCGCUUCUGUGCGGCGUUUCUGAUCAGUUUUUUAUUUUGUAUUUUUAAUUGCAUGAGAGUUUUACCUUGACCGGGUAGCAACACGUGACUCGAGUAUUUCUCAGUAAAUAACCUCAUUGUUGCGGUUA